AUGUAUGUCUUUUUGCAAUUAAUUCUCCCUCUUCUCAUGAAUGAUUUCUUCUCCAACAAUGUCUCUGAAGUUAGGUGUUUUCCAGGCGAUAUUUGCAUAAAGAACCAUAUGCGGGUUUUGCGUGUAAAGCUCGAGGGCUCGGUUUUGAAUGUCACUAUAAAGAGGCUGACCUCGGCUUACCUUAUUCAGCGCUCAAUGGAGUCCAUGCUCUUAUGUAUGCAAGGCUUGUGGUUAAAUGAACUUUUGAACAGGCUAAAGGCAAUAUUUGGCAGCUGGACCCGCGGACUUCUGUGCCCCGCCCCGGCAGAAUUGGGUCGACCCGCUAUCCAUCCUCUCGAUCACGAAGUGGGCCAUCGUCGAACCCUUAGCCGACCUCACCAAAUUCUCCCUGCAAAGAAACUCAUCGCUGGCGACCCUAUCCGCCUCCAUAUUAUAGUCGUGCACGAACACGUGAGUCCUCGGGUUUCCCCCCGCCCUCUUGCUCCUCGCGAGCACCCCAGCCGUGAAAAUUGCUGCCAUCCUUCCAGGCGCGUCGGGCCAGUACCCCCUCGGCCCGUCCACAAGGAUAACAUCCCAAUCGACCUCGUACAUCUGGUUGGGCAGGUCGUUGAGCCCCAGACGGCACUCCGAGAAGAGCAAAUUCUGCACGGGCCGGCACUCGUUGCGGGCCGCCUCCCGCGCGGACCGCACGAGCUCGGCGGCGUCGGCCAGCCGCGUCGCAUACUGCACGUCGUAGGCCUCGACGUCCGGGUAGCGCUCCUCCACGUGGGCCGCGUAGUACCGGUUCUCGUCGACGAAGACGGUUCGGCCCGCAUGGUUGAGGGCCCGCCAGAGGAGGGUCUCGUGGGUGAGGCCGAAGACGAGGAGGCUGCACGGGGAGGAGGGGCACUGGCGGAUGGCGUCGGCCACCUGGCGGGCGUCCGUGUGGGGCAUGCGGUCGGUGGAGGAGGUGUUGGGUGA